AUGCUCGCGGUGCGCGCCCACCCAGACGACCAAACGCAACCUUUCAUCGACGAGGUCCCCUGCAUGCAGCCAGAGGUUCGAAGCAUGCUGGCUUUCUGGCAGAAGGAUAUGCGUGGGGGUUCUUCGCAAGAAGAUGGUUUGGAUGUGCGUAUCAACAAAGAACGUCAAGACAUGGAACUGGAAGCCCAGCUUGAGCUUGAGAACCCUGAUCUAGAGGAAGACAUUGAAAUUUUGGCAACACUGCUUGCAGGUGACCUUCAUAGCCCUGCCCCGGCUGGCACUGCUGAUGCCCGCGAUUCUGCCCAUGAUCGGUUGAAAAAACGGAGACUCACGAAAGGAGCUGCGCAGAGCGCGCAGGUUUUUCAGCGCAUUUUCAAGUCAUAUGAUGAUUUGAACUGCAAUCGCCUCACAAGUGACCUACGUGACGUGACGAUUUCCACCACAAGCACUUCUGUUCCGCAUGUGCAAACUCGCACUCAGCUGGAAGGCGUCUUUAGACGGAUGAGCCCUGGCACCCCAAGAACAGAAGAGGCAACCCUGAGAGCCUUAGCUUCUGACCUGGCUCCCUUUUGUAUUCCUUCACUCUUCCUUGAAGCGUGCGUAAAGGCAUUUGUGUUCAAUCAAAAGCCUGGGGAUGCCUUUGGUGAACGCUUGGAUGAAGAAGCAUCUGGAGACGAAGCUCAGCCUGACAUGGCUGACGCGGGUGGACACCAAGACAAUGCUUGGACAUGCUUGGACAAUGGCCUUGGCCCAAACUGUGUGGAAAUUAUGCCAAUCUUUGCGUGGCGACAUGAUGCAUGA